GCCAGUUUGCACUUAAUGAUGCUGCGGCCGGUGCUGCUGCUGCUGGCGGCCGCUGGCGCCGCGAUCGCCGCCGACGUCUUUGCCUACCGCACGUACGCCGAGAUGGUCGCGACGAUGAAGACGCUCAACGCCACGUCGCCGGGCCUCGUGGACCUCUUUGUCGCGCAAGACCGGUAUAACCUGCCGUACCCGCCUGAGCUGCAAUGCGAGGAAGUGAACGCGCCGGCGCCGUGCAAGCAAUACGUGCUGCGCAUCACGAACGAGUCGACGCUCACGGCGGACCGGCCGCAGGUCUUCUUUAGCGGCGCGCUGCACGGCGACGAGCGCGUGGGGCCUCAGGCGACGAUCGAGCUCGCGCUGCUCCUGGCGUCGUUCGCCGAUGCGUACGUGACUGCGCCAUCGAAUGACGCCAGCGUGCGGUCGACACAAGAGUGGAUCUGGCGCCUCGUCAACACCCGCGCAGUCUACCUCAUGCCGAUGACCAAUGCGUUUGGGUAUUUCCAGCACACGCGCGAAGAGAAUGGCGUUGAUCCGAACCGCGACUACAACUACAAGGCGGACGGCCGCUGCAUGGAGGCCAUGACAAGCCGCGCCGUGAACGAAGUCUGGCGUGCCCAUCUGUUUCAGCUGGCCGUGACCUUUCACGGUGGCAUGCGCUGCGUCACUUACGAAUGGGGCUCGCCCAACCACAUGACCAGCGGCCGAAGCGAGCGGUCGCCCGACGACACGAGCCAAGUGCAGCUCGGCGAUGCGCUUGCGCGCUUUGCCGGCCCGUUUGCCGAUGGCACGUACUACCCGACGGGCACGAUGAACGAUGUGGUCUACGGUGUCUAUGGCGGCAUGGAAGACUGGGCGUACGCUGCGUCAUGGGAGAAUGCCUUUGCGUCCGAGCCCGUGUUUACGCCGUGCACGCCGUCGCAGUACGGCGGGUAUCCAUCGGACAAGACAGUCUACAACAACGCCACGCACCGCGCGGUCAAUAUUCUCGUUGAAACCUCCGAUGCCAAGCAGCCGUCACCGUCCAGUCUUGGCGCCAAACGGUCGAUCUACAGCGCGGAUCUGCAGGCGCUCGCCCUGUCACCCGAAGGCCACGUCCCUCAAAACGUGCGUCUCGGGCUCCUCCUCAUCGACAUGGUGCAGCCCUACGUUCGCUGGCUCUCAACGACGACCGAGUGGAACACGGUGGCGGCGCCGGUCGCAGGCCCGACCGACGUUGUUGUCGACUGCCUUCUUGGUGACGACUGCCUCGUCUCGGUGACGACGACGCAUCUCCGACUUGGGUGGGAGGUCCUCGGCAGCUUUCAAGUGGAUGCGACCUUUGUACAAGUGUCCAGUGACCCGGAAUUCCCAGCGUCGACGACUCAAACCUACCCCUCGCACCAAGGCCGCACCCGGCGCGGGUACUAUGUCCACGGUGCGACACCGCCGUCGGCCAACCAAAACGCCUCGACCGGUCCGUUCUUUAUGGAGUACAUUCCGCUCCCUACGAAUGCGAGUGCGACCGGCGCCUUGUACGUUCGCGUCGCUGCUAUCGUGGACCAGGAUUGGGCGGCGCAAGCAAACCCGUCCCCGUCCGUGCGUCCGCAGAGCCACCUCGUGAACGCGCGCACCGACCCCAUGUACGAAGCGACGUCAAAUGGAUACCGCAUCCGAGGCCAAACGCAUUUUUACGCGACCACCAAGACGGUGCGCGUGUCAGCGGACAAAGUCGCUUCGGUCGUCUCUCGAGACGGACUGACGAAUGCGGCGUUGACACCGACGGUGGUCGCAGCGAUCGGCCUGGUGUCACUCGUCGUUGUCGUUGCGCUUGGGGUUGUGCUCGCCAAGCGCCGCCGGCCCCGCAAGGCCAAACAACCUCAGUACCAGCCGACCUCGGGCUCGGAAGCCGACGCGAUUCAGAAGGAGCUCGACGACGCAGCCGCGAGUCCAACGACCGACGUUUCGGUCUAAGAACACAUAGGAGUCGUUGCUGUGUGGGCUGAACACGUUGAUUUUUGCACCGGUGGUGACUAGGGUUAUCGAUCGAAUGACAAAAAGUGAUGAAUACGGCU